GCAGAUGAUUUUGGCGAUUUUUGCCACCGGGCAUCCCAGCUAGCCAAUGAGUCAAGUGGUGCUCCCUUGUUUACGGUUACUCAAACCCAAAAACCGUCAAAGCACGUUAGCCAUGGUGAUGUUUUGGCAGACAGCGGUGGGGUUCAGGAGGAUGAUUCCUUUGGUGUGACGCCUGUGGGAGAUGGGGAUGACUGGCAAUUCGUUUGACCCGCAACAACAUUCAUUUUCCCUGUUUUUCUUCUACAUGAUUGUGUUGUACACUUAAAAAACUUAAUGCAACCAUGAUUAGGCUUCAGUCACUUUCACUAUUCCAAACCUUUGUAGAAAGUAUCACACACAUUCACGAUUCUUUUUCUUUCAAAACUAAUUGCAAUAUGUUCAUAAUUCAUAUGAUAUUGAUGGUGUAUAAUAAAUGUCAUUAUUUUCU